AAUGGAGAGGGACGCCGGAGAAAGCCGGAGAAUAGCGGUAGGUGGCCGGGCGGAGAUAGACACGAGAGCGCCGUUCCGGUCGGUGAGGGAAGCCGUGGCAUUGUUCGGCGAGAAAGUUUUGGCCGGAGAAAUCUACGCUAACAAAUUCCAGGAGGUGCGUACAGACGUAGCGAUCGCGAGCCCUAGCCCUCGAUCAAGAAUACAAGCCCUGGCAACCGAUCUCGAGCAGACAAAACAAACUCUUGCAAAAACCCUAGAACAAAACUCAGUCUUGUCACAUCGAAUCAAAGCCCUAACACAAGAACUCGAACAAGCCCGUAAAGAGAUCCAACUGCUGAAAGCGGACAAGAAAAGCCGCGUAGACAAUCCGGACAUCGAGGAGAUCAAGUUCGUGGAACAGCAUCAAGUAGUGACGAGUACAGGGGAAUACAACAAAGCAAUUGAUCGAGAAGAUCAUGAGAUAGUUGAGGAGUUCGAGAAGAGGAGGCUCGUGAAAUUCGCGAGUCCGCCCAGACUCACUCGUGUGAUGUCGAGCGUCGAGGAGGCAAAGGAUAACAAGAAGAAUGAUCUAGAAAGACCUCCUUCGGUUAAGAAGACGAAAAAGAAGGGUUUUGUUCCAUUCAUGGUGCGAUUUUUCUCUAAGAAGAAAGAAGACAGUGAAGAAGAUAGCCAGUCUCCGGAACACGUGCAGUGAUCAUGUAAAUGGAUGAUGAUCUUUUGAUCAUUUAUGAGAUGGUUGCAUAAAUUUCAUGUAUGCAUUGAAGUUUGUAAAAGGUUUUGAUCGCAAUAUUGUCUUGUACGGUGGAGAAGAAGAAAUAAAAUCUCGA